CGCGGCCGAGAGGCCCCAGCGCCCGCCCCCCCGGCCCCCGCCCCCACCCCCGCCCCCGGCUCUGCCCACGCCCUCCGCCCGCCAGCCCGGCAGCCAGCGCAGCUCCGGGCCUCGCUCCCCGUGCGUCCUGCGGGGGCGGAGGCGCGGAGAGGCGGCAAGCGCAGCCGGGGAGGGUGGGGGGGCAGAGGCACAGACAGAGGCGCGGAGGCUCGGAGAGAGAAGACGUGGAGGGAGGGACAGAGCCUGGACAGCGGUGGACACGGCAUCGUGCGCGGGGAAGAGGGCAGCACGCAGCAGGCGCCGAGCGCCGGGCACCGAGAAGGGCAGCCCGGGUGGUCUCCGGCCGUCCAUGCACAGAGCGCCUUCCCCCACAGCCGAGCAGCCGCCGGGUGGAGGGGACAGCGCCCGCCGGACCCUGCAGCCCAGACUCAAGCCCAGUGCCCGAGCCAUGGCACUGCCUCGGACGCUGGGGGAGCUGCAGCUGUACCGGGUCCUGCAGCGCGCCAACCUCCUUUCCUACUAUGAGACCUUCAUCCAGCAGGGAGGGGACGACGUGCAGCAGCUGUGUGAGGCGGGUGAGGAGGAGUUUCUGGAGAUCAUGGCACUUGUGGGCAUGGCCACCAAGCCCCUCCAUGUCCGGCGCCUGCAGAAGGCACUGAGAGAGUGGGCCACCAAUCCAGGGCUCUUCAGUCAACCAGUGCCUGCUGUUCCCGUCUCCAGCAUCCCGCUCUUCAAGAUCUCUGAGACUGCGGGUACCCGGAAAGGGAGCAUGAGCAAUGGGCAUGGCAGCCCAGGGGAAAAGGCAGGCAGUGCCCGCAGUUUUAGCCCCAAGAGCCCCCUUGAACUUGGAGAGAAGCUAUCACCACUGCCUGGGGGACCUGGGGCAGGGGACCCCCGGAUCUGGCCAGGCCGGAGCACUCCAGAGUCGGACGUUGGGGCAGGAGGAGAAGAGGAGGCUGGCUCGCCCCCCUUCUCCCCCCCUGCAGGGGGAGGAGUCCCUGAGGGGACUGGGGCUGGGGGGCUGGCAGCAGGUGGGACUGGGGGUGGUCCAGACCGACUGGAGCCAGAGAUGGUACGCAUGGUGGUGGAAAGUGUGGAGAGGAUCUUCCGGAGCUUCCCAAGGGGGGAUGCUGGGGAGGUCACAUCCCUGCUAAAGCUGAAUAAGAAGCUGGCACGGAGCGUUGGGCACAUCUUUGAGAUGGAUGAUAAUGACAGCCAGAAGGAAGAGGAGAUCCGCAAAUACAGCAUCAUCUAUGGCCGUUUCGACUCUAAGCGGCGGGAGGGCAAGCAGCUCAGCCUGCACGAGCUCACCAUCAACGAGGCUGCUGCCCAGUUCUGCAUGAGGGACAACACGCUCUUAUUACGGAGAGUGGAGCUCUUCUCUUUGUCCCGCCAAGUAGCCCGAGAGAGCACCUACUUGUCCUCCUUGAAGGGCUCCAGGCUUCACCCUGAAGAACUGGGAGGCCCUCCACUGAAGAAGCUGAAACAAGAGGUUGGAGAACAGAGUCACCCUGAAAUCCAGCAGCCUCCCCCAGGCCCUGAGUCCUAUGUACCCCCAUACCGCCCCAGCCUGGAGGAGGACAGCGCCAGCCUGUCUGGGGAGAGUCUGGAUGGACAUUUGCAGGCUGUGGGGUCAUGUCCAAGGCUGACGCCGCCCCCUGCUGACCUGCCUCUGGCAUUGCCAGCCCAUGGGCUAUGGAGCCGCCACAUCCUGCAGCAGACACUGAUGGACGAGGGGCUGCGGCUCGCCCGCCUCGUCUCCCACGACCGCGUGGGCCGCCUCAGCCCCUGUGUGCCUGCGAAGCCACCUCUCGCAGGUGAGGCAGCCAGCAGUGCUGUCCCCAAGCACCCCGGCCACCCAGGCCCCACACAGCAAUUCUGGUGUCCUGGGGCCAGGUGGGAGGAAGAGGGAUAUAGUUGUCAGAGGGGGCAGUAGGAUGGCUGGGCUCCAACCAGCCAGGCCUUGGGGUGCAGAGAGGCAGACCCUGCCGAGCUGCUCCCACCAUGGAAAGUCUGGUCCUAGUGUAGAUCUGUGAAACGGGAACUGGGGAACGGGGGACAGAGAAAAGAGGAUGAAGGAGCAGGAAGGAGGAGCAUCAAUAAGGGAAGCUCAGAUGGCACUUCCACCAACCCAGGAGUGGGGAGCAGGCUAGGAGUUGUGGGGAUGGGGAUGGGGAUGCCCAGCUUGGAAGCAGAGGAGCCCAAAGCAGUGAUGCUUUGUGUGUGGAAGGGGGAAGAGGGAGUGGGCCGGCAGAGGGCCGGGCAGCCGCUGGGCUGAGAGUGACGCAGCAGACAAAGCCACCAACCCUGGCUUGGUAUUUUUAAACUGUGCGUGGGUGGGAAGUGGGGGCGGGGACUGGAAGGGGGGCUCUUCUUGAGGGAGGAGCUCGGAGGCUGGCUUCCUGUGCUCCCCCUGAUUUGGCUACCAAAAAACUUGGGGGCCAUGGUAGAGUGGCCUGGGAGGGGCCUGGGAGGGGGCCAGGGAUGAGUGGGGGUGGCAGAGCUUGGGAAGGGGGGAGGGGAGAGGUCAGAGCCAAACCACCCCCGCAGCUCCUGACAGAACCAGAAAUUCCAGCGCAACCGAGGAGGCGGGAGAGAGAGAGACAGACAGAGACAGAGCUACGCACAGCCAGGGAGGGGAGGGGGCUCACACACGGGAAUGGAACCCCUCAUACACAUGCAGUGGGCAGGAGGCAGUAAUUCAAUAAACCUAAACUGAGCCCA